UGCUGAUCAUUGUGUUUUCCAAUUCUCAUAAGAGUUCAAAAUACUCUUCUUGUGUCUCCAACAUUCUUCAUUCCUUGUUUAUCUAAGAAACGAUUCAAUUUCUUGUUUUCGUACAACCACAAUUGAACAUCUUGCCGCAUUUCAUACCCAGACAUCCGGGAUCAACGAGUCGUCUGUUUGAACUUUCUCGACGUCCACUUUCUUCACCUCUGUCAACAUGUCAGCAGAACCUAAGAUUCUAGGUAGCCGCCUCAAGGGUAAGGUGGCCAUUGUUACUGGAGGAGGCUCCGGAUUUGGUGAGGCUAUAUCCAAGCGGUUCGUGGAAGAAGGUUGUAAAGUCGUUGUUGCAGACAUGGAUCCAGUUGGUGGUGAAAGAGUAGCAAACUACCAGCCAAGUGCUAUGCACUUCAUCAAAACCAAUGUCGCCCUUGAAGCUGACUGGGAGAACUUGAUGGAGAACACGCUCGCUAAAUGGGGCCGAAUGGACAUCCUGAUCAACAAUGCUGGAACCAGUUACAGGAAUAAGCCAACCAUCAACGUCACUGAAGACGAGUUCGACAAAGUCUUUGCUGUCAACGUUAAGAGCAUCUUCCACUCCGCCAGACACUUCAUCCCCAACCUCAUCAAUCAAGGUGAAGGGGGUUCCAUCGUAAACAUUGCAUCGAUUGGUGCUACCAGACCCAGACCUGGCCUCGUCUGGUACAAUGCCAGCAAGGCCGCUGUUGCCAAUGCUACUAAAGGUCUCGCAGCUGAAUACGGCGAGAAGCAAGUACGAGUGAACUCCGUCUGCCCACUCUUGAGCGCUACCGGACUGUUCGAAACUUUCGUCGGCGUCCCACCAACCGAAGAGAACUUCAAGAAGUUCCUCUUCAACGUCCCACUGGGAAGACUCACUCAUCCAACUGAUGUCGCGAAUUACUGCCUCUAUUUGGCGAGUGACGAGGCAAAGUUCAUUACGGGUACAUGUUUGGAGGUUGAUGGUGGGAGAGGCAUUUGAGAGGAUCAUCUGUGCUCGUUUGAGAUGGCUCGGAAAGAAUCUGUAUUACUUAGCUUUAGCUUUGAUGAAGUGACUUCAACGCUCUGAAAAUAUAUACUGUAAUGACUAUGAGUGUACUCAAGGCGCUGUGGUGUGAGCGCCUAUCUGUUAGCAAACGACUGAGAUUUGAAGAUGGCAUGUCCAGUUUGAGUGAGGAUAUGCAUUACCGAAGCGAAAGCGAACUAAAGUCUAUAAACGCAUGGUUUCCAGUGUCUAAUCUUACACAUUCCAUAUGACAUGUAAAUAAAAAUCUAAAUCUCUCGUAUAGAUUCUAGAAGCAUGGAUUACGGGAG